ACAUCUGUGAAUUUACGUCUUACUGCCUACCUCUUUGAUUCACCUCGAUGGACCAGGACUAUGAGUGCCGGUUAUUACGGCAAAUCAACAUCCAGAAUGAUAACACCAGUCCUAUGAAAGUGACACAAACGAUUCGUCACCUGACGCCCACGAAGUCCCCAAUGUCAUCCCCCAGCAAGCACGGGGACAGGUUCAUCCCAUCCCGAGCUGGAGCCAACUGGAGCAUCAAUUUCCACAGGAUCAACGAGAAUGAGAAAUCACCGAGCCAGAAUAAAAAAACAAAGGAUGCCUCGUCAGACGCCAGCAAAGCAGAUGGGUUGGCGUAUUCAGCUCUGUUGAAGAACGAGCUGCUUGGAGCGGGGAUAGAGAAAGUUCAGGAUCCGCAGACGGAAGAUCGGCGUUUGUUACCGUCCACGCCCGAGAGGAGAAGUCUUUUUAAUUAUUCUCUCAGUGCCAAGAGGUCAACCCCUGAUGAUGGCAACUGUGUCUCCCCAUAUUCCCUCUCUCCUGUCAGCAGCAAAAGCCAGAAGCUGUUACGGUCUCCACGGAAACCCACUCGUAAAAUUUCGAAGAUUCCGUUUAAGGUGCUAGACGCGCCUGAGCUACAAGAUGACUUCUACCUCAACCUCGUGGACUGGUCCUCCCUUAACGUUCUCAGCGUCGGACUUGGAACGUGUGUUUACCUCUGGAGUGCCUGCACCAGCCAAGUAACCCGGUUAUGUGAUCUAUCAGUGGAGGGAGACUCGGUCACGUCAGUUGGCUGGUCUGAAAGAGGAAAUCACGUGGCGGUUGGAACACAUAAAGGAUUUGUACAGAUAUGGGACGCAGCUGCUGGCAAGAAACUGUUUGCAUUAGAGGGUCACACCGCGCGAGUCGGUGCGCUGGCGUGGAACGCAGACCAGUUGUCGUCCGGUAGUCGGGAUCGCAUGAUCUUACAGAGGGACAUUCGCACGCCCCCCCUCCAGUCGGAGCGCCGUCUGCAGGGUCACAGGCAGGAAGUCUGCGGCCUGAAGUGGAGCACCGACCACCAGCUCCUGGCCUCGGGAGGCAACGACAACAAGCUGCUGGUGUGGAACCAUUCCAGCGUGCUUCCGGUCCAGCAGUACACAGAGCACUUGGCUGCGGUGAAGGCCAUAGCCUGGUCUCCACAUCAGCACGGACUCCUGGCCUCAGGCGGAGGGACGGCAGAUCGCUGCAUCCGAUUCUGGAACACGCUCACCGCCCAGCCGCUGCAGUGCGUCGACACGGGCUCGCAAGUCUGCAACCUGGCCUGGUCCAAGCACACCAACGAACUGGUCAGCACACAUGGUUACUCUCAGAAUCAGAUCCUGGUGUGGAAAUACCCUUCUCUCACUCAAGUCGCCAAGCUAACUGGUCAUUCCUACAGAGUGCUCUACCUGGCCAUGUCUCCUGACGGUGAGGCAAUAGUCACGGGGGCCGGGGAUGAAACACUGCGCUUCUGGAACGUAUUCAGUAAAACACGGUCAACGAAGGAAUCCGUAUCAGUGCUAAACCUCUUCACCAGAAUACGGUAGUGAUGUGGACAAGAACGUCAUCCCAUCAGAACUUUCAUAUUUUGCAAAAACAAAACUGUUCAUUGAGGCUUUUUUUUUGUGGUACAGUUAAAAGCAAGGAGGACUGAGUUAAAGCAUUAUCUGUUAUUCUUCGUUUACAAAAAAAAACAAAAAACAACAAACAAACUGUGGGACUUGAAUUGGCACUGCCAUCUGCAUUCAGUUUGAAUGUUAUUUUUACUAUUAAUGUACAGUUUAGUUCAUGUUUUUUUUAAUU